UCAAAGUAUUCAGUAUAUAACUUAUUUAAGCCCGGGCCUGAGUUGCCGAUGUUUGCGAGGCUCCGUUCUGCAAACGGUUUAUCGGUCCGUUCUAUUGGUUCGACAUCUGCCACAGUGAAGCCACACGCUUGUGAGUGGCCCAACUGUGGCCAGACAUGUGCCAGUGCUGCCAAUCUGAAGGUGCAUAUGCGUGUACACACGGGCGAACGUCCCUAUGCGUGUGACUAUCCUGGGUGUGGCAUGGAAUAUACUCAAAGUAGUAAUUUGAGAAGACACAAACGCGUGCACACGGGCGAACGUCCCUAUGCGUGU